AUGGUCGCCUUGACCACACCCUCGUUAUCGAUGGAGAACUUCCAACCACUGACGACGACCCCGCAGGGGCUCAGCGGUUAUAGGGACGGCCGUCAGCCGUUACGUCGUAACAACCCCCACGGAACGGAAGAACUAGGAUACAGGUCACGUGACGAUAAGCAGGACCGACGGACGAUAAGCGGUCCUGGGACAGGACCGACGGUGAAAAACAUCAACAACAGCGAGAACGAAAUUUUUGAAAACAGCAUCAAAUUGAUCAAACCACGCCCGCUCGCGCUCUCAGAGGUCACUUUGGGCAUAAUGUCAUCCUCGGCAUUGAUUCUGCUCCCAAAGAGCCUGCUCGUGGCCGCGGGCGGGCUCUGA